AUGACUGUCAAAGCCUCUCCAGUUAUGGAAAACGACAGGGAUGCGCCCAGUGAAUUUAUAGUUGAUGUUGCAUCCAUUGUGAGCUGCUCCUCGAAAGGUUUCAGUGACGUGACAGUGAUCCUUCACAUGAUCCUCUAUCAAAUCUUUCUUACAGAUGUGGCAGUUAAUAAGCCAGGGACUCUCGCUGCAGUUGGACUAGAUGAAGGUCCCAUUGUAUUGUUUAAUCUGAAAACAUACACUUUAAUGUACAUGAUAAAAAAAAUAAGAGCUGACAGUAGAAAAGACCUGUACAUACGUCAUGCUUUAAUUACGGAUGAUGGGAAAUAUUUGAUCUUCCAAGCAGGCAAACAAUACAGUGAUGCAAUUUCCUUAGUUUCUUGGGACAUCCCGAAAAAAAGGCAGGCAGCAGUAAUGGUAGAUGCUGAAGAUGAGGAUAAUUAUGCAACUACGGGGGUGGAGUCAUUAGAGUUGUUGAAUGGCACCACUGUCCUGGCCAAGUUAGAUAGAGUUACGAUCCGCUUGUAUGAUCUAAAAACUGGUGUUUUAAACCAAAUGUUUGAUGAACACACUGGUGGUGCCAUGGUUAGGGUUGUUGCUGGGGGGCCAUAUAUUCUGACGUAUUGGCCAUGGGCUAAAGACAACACCUUACAGCUUCUGGACAUGGAUAUGAAACGACUGGCUAUAUAUUCACUAGAAUCUAAUCUGAAUCAAGUGGAGCUUACCAAAGAUGGCUACCGUGUUGUUGGCUUCAUGUGUAAUGAGUCAAGGCCUGUGGUUUGGGAACUGAAAGGAGGACCGUCUAACAGUAAACCAGAUGGUUACUCUCACUUGGACAGUUUUCCAGCAAUAUUUGGAGAUGAUGUUUUGGAGGUUGGUUUAACCAUACUGGAAGAGGAUGAUGAACAUGAUGAUCCUAACGACUUAGACGAGGAAGACGAUGAACAAGAUGAUACUGGUGAUUUUGUAGCAGUGUUGGUAUAA